CAUAUAUCCGCGAUCGACUCUCCUGCCCACUCUUCUCACCCAUCUCCCGACAGUCGGGCAUCCUAGGGCCGAUCGUCACGGUGCAUUGUCGCUGACAGUCUUCAACUCUAUCUCAUGUCCCUUCUCGCCCGGUUCCGCAGGCGCAAUCCACCACCACCGCCGGACCCAAACAGCGUCAACUACACAGCAGAACAUGUCGCUCUCGCAAAGACAAUCGCCCGCCGCCAAAAGCUGUCCCGGAUAUUCUGGAAGAACGUCUCCAAGAUACAAGCUGCCUUGACAUUCAUAGGCGUCCUUUGGCUACUCGCGCUACCGUAUGAAGGGCUGUGGAAGAGGACAUAUGUGGAUGAGCAUGCCCUUCAGCCAGCGCAGGUUGCAGUGUACUUUGACUGGGCGAAUGUGCACAAAGCAGAUGUAUACCUCGGCGAGCUCGAACGAUUAUCAAGUUCAAACUCUACUUUUACAGAACGAACCGAUUACCUUCAGAAUGCGUUCUCUGCAGCCGGCUUGCAUACCGGUAACACCACCACUGCAACCUAUGCGCACGUCACGCCGCCUCGAGCUACAGGGAUGGAAACGAUCUUGGUCUCUGCAAAUUGGCUAUCGAGGGAUGGAGGCGAGAACCUUCGAGGGGUGGCCACGCUGCUAGCCAUGGGAGAUUUUCUAAGAGGCCAAAAUCAUUGGGCAUUUGAUUUUGUUCUCGUUGUCGGAGAGGAGUGCCAAUCGGGUCUUGCCCAGUUUAUGGAGCAGUACCACUCCUUGUUCUCUGGUGUCAUUUGGACCGGUCUCAACAUUGAUUACCCCGGCCACUCAUUUUCCCACCUUGGCGUCUUUUACGAGGGCACAAACGGUCGAUUACCUAACCAAGAUGUGAUCAACACCGUUUCUAGAGUCGCUCAGUAUACCGGACAAGUGCCUUUGCGAUACCACGACAUUCCCGAUGAGCCUUUACACGGAAUUGCCUGGCUGGGAAAGUACCUACUUGGCGCAAAACAUUUGCUUCAUCAUUUCGCGUAUGCUGCUCUGGGCAGGGCUAGUGCCGGACAUGGUUCACUCGCAAAGUACCGUAUCGACUCUCUCACAUUAUACUGUACCCCCGCAACCGGUCCUCACGGCUUCCACACCCUCGGCCGCACCCUCGAAUCCACACUCCGCUCAUUCAACAACCUCCUCGAACGACUUCACGCCUCGUACUUCUUCUACCUCCUCCCUAGCCCUAACCACUUUAUCCCCGUCGGCAACUACCUCCCUGCGGCGGUUCUGUUGGGCGCAAGUUUGACCGUCGGUGGAUUCGACUGUCCCUCCCCGCUGGAAGGGCUGGUAUACAUGUCCUUUGCGUUUGGUUCAGCCCUUUUGCUUUGGGUGACCGGAUUACCGACCUACUUGUUCUUCCCCACGUUCCUAUUCUUCCCUCGCCCCCGCGGCCUGGCGCACAAAUCCCUGGAAUCAAUGUCUCUCCUCCUCUACGGCGCGCUCAUCCCCACACUCGCAAUGGUAAACUUUCCGCAAUCCAUCUUCCUCGCAUUCCUCGCCCAUCUCUACCUCCGUCUCCCUGGAAAAUGGCCCCGCCUCGUCACGCUGGCGGUGACUCCGUUGGCCAUAGGAUUAGCAAUGCAAGGGUUUGGAAAAGUGGAUUUGGAAAGGGAAUGGAGAGAGUUGGGGAAUUUUGGGUGGGUGGGGUUUUAUGUGGCUUGGAUACCGCUUUGGAUGUUGGGAACCAUGUUGUUUUUGGGGAAGGAGAAGAAGGCGAGUGGGGGUGUUGUGGAAAACAAAUAGAGACUAGAUGAGAUUCUUUUUUUUUCUUUUUUUUUCCAGCGCCCACAUGUUUGUUCGUAUUCUUUUGCAUGGUAUGUAUUCAUUUGCAUUUUUG